CCUCCUCCCUCUCUCAGCCUUCAGGCCUCAGCCCGGCGCGGCCCCCGAGGGGUUUGUGAGCGGAGGAACCCGCGGCAGGAGGCCGCUGUGUGGUCCCCGGGGACGCGCAGGGCUUCCCACCCGUGGAGCGUCAGGCAGGACGAGGUGAAGAGCCUGGGAGCUGGGGCAGAAGAGGCUGUGGCAGGGAGCUGAGGACACCUGGCAGAGCUGCCCACAAGAGCUGCCAUGUCCUACCUUGCCAAGAAGUGUGGUGUUCGUUUCCAGCCCCCCUCCAUCAUCCUGGUCUACACAGAAGAGGGCAAGGAGAAGACUCGCCUGCACGUCAUGCCUGUCAGGAAUUUCUCCCAGUUCUCAGGGACCUUCUCUUCAGACUGCAGCCUGGCAGCUGAGCAGCUGAAGAACAACCCACGACACCAGGCUUACCUGGCAGGAACCUCCCUGCACCAGCUGCAGAAGAUGUACUACCUGCUGAGGGGACAUCUGCGAGGAGAGAGCCUGGCUGAGAGCUUGGAAAAGUUCCAGCAGGAAGAGACCAUCGACCCAGAAGAAGAUCUGAACAAAUUAGAUGACAAAGAACUUGCCAAAAGGAAGAGCAUCAUGGACGAGCUCUUUGAAAAGAACAGGAAGAAGAAGGACGACCCGGAUUUCAUCUAUGACAUCGAGGUGGAGUUUCCACAGGAGGAGCAGCUGGAGUCCUGUGGCUGGGAUGGGGACUCAGAUGAAGACAUCUGAUUCCAGCCAAAGAUGUCUUGGAUGGGCAGCUCAGAGACAGCCCUCACAGGGAUGAGCAUCCACAUCAUUGUCAGCUCGUGCCACCGAGGCCUGUUGGACUGACUCUGGACACCCUGAGGUGCCACAGCAACCACCUUGAGCUGAGCUCAGUGACAUGGAAACUGGAUGUAUUGGGUGGUUUUAGUCUCCUUUUCCUGUGCCUGAGUGCUACAAGAAUUUUCAACUCUUUACUCUUUCAGUCAGACUUAGCUGAAGACCUGACCAGCUUCUCCCCUGCUGGGAUUUCUGUUUGGCUUCAUCUGAAAAUGAAAUAGGAAAGAUUUCUGUCUUGAAAGCAACUUUGGAGCUUUAUUGGAACUUACUUGAAUGUUUCAUUUGUACUAGUCAUUCUGGAGAAAGCAACGUGGCAUCUCAUGUUUCCUGAGUCAUGGAUUCACAGGCUGGUUUGGGUUGGGAGGGACCUUCAAGAUCACCCAGUCCCAACCCCCUGCAUGGGCAGGGACACCUCCCACCAGCCCAGGCUGCUCCAAGCCCCAUCCAACCUGCCCUUCAACACUGCCAGGGAUGGGGCAGCCACAGCUUCCCUGGGCAACCUGGGCCAGGCUCUCACCACCCUCACAGUGAAGAUGGUGCUUAAUCCUCCAGCUCCCACUGACUCCAAUGUAAAUCUUGGCAUUUAAGAGAUGGAGCAUCUAGAAAUAAGUUGGACUUGAAGGUACUUUUGAAAAUACCAUGAUCUCAAGCUGAUGAAGUGAGGUGUUUGGCUUCCUUGUUCUCCUGGGUGAUGGUCUCCCAGGAAGUGCUCAGCUCUGGGAAGAUGUAGUAUCCAAAAAAAAAACAACCCCAAAACGCAAUAAAAUAGUGUGGCAGAAGGUC